UCCCGACCCCCAUGUCCUGCCAAUGCGCACUACGUCGCACUUGAUACAACACCAGCUUCUUUCACAAACUCGUCAACACAUAAACUCCACUGGAUAGAGGACCGAGGAUGUGCACAACAUCGCCCCGAUACUGACGCGUCGAAUCGACUUGAUCAUGCCGCCUCCCCUCUCUCAUCACGCGCUCUGCUUCUCUGUGCCUUCCGCAUGACCAGAUGGCGCGGCCCGCCCUCCCAAGUACUCCCUCCUGAGCUGCGAUCGCGUGCUGAGUAUGCUCGGCCAGCAUGAUUUCACCGUCCGGAGAACCGGCCAGUCGCCCAGCGUACAUAAAGCGAAAGGUCAUGAGGAUGGCGCGAGCGCGAGACUGCUUCUUCACAGCUUGGGACAGGCGCGAGUGCACGGCUGCUCUUGACGCGGCCCAUAGCCUCGAACGGACGCGAAUACCCCACGGACUCGACUACUACGCUCGCAUCCACCAUGGUACUCCUCAGGUCGAAAGCCGCCACGAGCCCCAAGCCCCGCGCCUCCUCCCCCGUGCCCCUUCACUGGCUCGGAUUUGCUGACGCCGACCCGUCUUCCACUUACACGUCCCCCACCCGUCUCCCCGUAGGCUCCGCGUUCGGCAUCCCCUGGGCCGAGGGCGAGGUCGACAAGACCACCGCCAUAAAGGCAACGACGGACGACGGGACGGACGUGCCGCUGCAGACGUGGCCAGCCGCGUACUGGCCCUCCGGCACCCUCAAAUGGACCGGCCACGCCCUCCCCGCCAACAUCGCCCCCUCCUCCGUCACCAUCUCCCUCGGCACCCCGCCCGAGCCCGCGUCCCCCGUCUCCGUCGCGCAAGACGCCUCCGCCAACACCAUCACCCUCACCACCGGCGCCUUCACCGUCGUCCUGUCGACCUCGGGGAGCACGCUGGUGCAGAGCCUCUCGCUGGACGGGCAGGCGAAGGCGAACGGGGGCAAGCUGGUGUUCCAUGUGCAGGAUGGACCGGACGUCGAUCUGGCGGACGGGGGCGACGGGGCGGGGCCGACGGUGCAGGAGUUGGUGGGGCCGACGGUGCAGAAGCUAGUGGGCAAUAUCGAGAAAGCGGAGGUCGAGCAGGAAGGGCCGGUGAGGGCGGUGGUGAAGUUCACCGGCACCUACGCCCCCGCCUCCACCUCCACGACCGCGACGUUCCCCUCCACGAACGCCCCCACCUCCACGACCGCGACGUUCCCCUUCACCCUGCGCGCGUAUGUCUCCGCGGGCUCGCGCGCGCUCCGGCUCGUGCACUUCUUCGCGUGGGACGGGGACAAGAACAAGGAUUUCGUGAAGGGCAUCGGCCUAACGUAUAGUCUGCCGCUGUCGGACGAGCUCUGGGACCGGCACGUGCGCCUGGCGAGCGUAGAUGGAGGCGUGUUCGGCGAGUCGGUCCGCACCCUCUCCGGCCUUCGCCGCGAUGCGGGGCCGGAUGUGCUCAACGCGCAGUUCAAUGGGCGGCCCGUCCCGGACAUCAGCACCUGGCCGACGACCGUGUCGGGCUCGGUGGACUCGCUGGCGGUGUGGGCGGACUGGCGGGUCGACCAGCUCUCGGCGGACCACUUUACGAUCGACAAGCGGAGCACGGGCGGGGCGCAGGCGGCGUGGUUGCGGUCCAAUCAGGGCUCCCGCGCCUCCGGCACCGGCUUCGUCGGCGGCGCCAAGGCGGGCGGCACGCUCUUCGCCAUCCGCGACUUCUGGGAGGGCCACCCGCGCGGGGUGGACGUGCGCGGGGCGGACGGGGACGCGGCGCAGGUCAGCCUGUGGGCGUGGAGUCCGAGGGCGCCCGCCAUGGACAUGCGCCACUACGACACGGUCGCGCACGGGCUCGACCUCGCCUACGAAGACGUCGGCGACCCGGACCCGGAUCCCACGGGCGUCGGCCGCAGCUACGAGUUCGUCAUCGAGGCCUGGGGCCCGGGCUCGUCGUCGGACGGCAACGCGGCGCCGAGCAGGGACGAGGUGGCGGCUUUUGGAAAGGAUUGGUCCAUCCAGCCCCAGCUCGUCGCCGAUCCCGAGUUCUAUGCCGCGCACAAGCUGUUCGGUGGUCACUGGGCCCCGCCCUCGGGCGCGGCACCCGAUCUGGAAGCCCGGAAGGACGCGCUGUUGGACUUCUACGUGAACGAGGUCGAGCAGAGGAGGUGGUAUGGGUUCUGGGAUUAUGGCGACGUCCAGCACACCUACGACCAGACGCGGCAUGAGUGGCGCUACGACACGGGCGGGUACGCGUGGGACAACGGCGAGCUGGGCACCGACCUCUGGCUCUGGCUCUCCUUCAUGCGCACGGGCCGCGCGGACGUGUUCCACAGGGCGCGCGCGCUGACGAGGCAUUUGGCGGAGACCGACUUCCACCACACGGGAACCUUCGCGGGUCUCGGCAGCCGGCACAACGUGAGCCACUGGGGCGAUGGUGCGAAGGAGGCGCGCGUUGGUAGCGCGUGGCUCAAGAGGCCGUUCUUCUAUUUGACGACCGACGAGCUCACCGGGGACCACAUGCGCGCUGCGCUGCAGGCCGACGAGUCGAUCGUGAAGUGGGAGCCGCUGCGGAAGAUCCUCGACAAGCCGGAUCCUGGUCCUGGGCGUGUUCGGAUCGGACCCGACUGGACCGCGCUCGCCGGCAACUGGUGGUGCGAGUGGGAGAGGGGGAACGAUGAGUACUACCUGAAUAGGAUUAAGACGGGGAUGCACGACAUCGGCCAAAUGAAGUACGGGAUGUGGUCCGGGUACACCGCCGCCGUGAACUGGGAUCCGGCGACGGGGCAUUUGCAGGAUAUUGGCGGGGAGUUCGAGGCAACCUACCAUCUCUCCAUGCUCUUUGGCGGCGGGGAGUUCCUCAUGGAGGCCAUGGACCUCAUCACCGACGAGCCCGACUUUGACACCAAAUGGGUCGAGUUCUGCCAGUACUUCAACGCGAGUGCGGAUGAGAAGCAAGCCAAGUACGGUGUCGCGUUCAAUAGCGGCGGCUUCGAGCAGCUUUACGCCAAGCUUCAAGCGUACGCAGGCGAACGGCUGGGCGAUGAUAGCCUGAAGCAGGCCGCGUGGCAGGUCCUCAACACGAACACGGUUGGCGUGUGGGACCCGGUGCAGCAGGUUGGCGGGAGUGAUGUGUUGGUGGGGAUUGAUGAGAUCCCCAACCUCGCUACGAACGACGCGGCCGCGCGCUCGCUGGCGGAAUACGCCGUGCUGGAGAUUGCGCCCGAGUUCGCGCCGGCGAGCUUCGGUACGCGCACGUCAAAGUCCUCUGCACGAGCACGCUCAGCGACUGCGUCCCUCGCCGACUGGGAUCAGGCUACCAUUGCAGGCAGUGUGUGCGCGAAGGACGUGCGCGUCGACAAGGACGGGAGGGUUCACGAUGAGAAGAGAGGGGGCGUGAAGGGCAGGGGUAAGGCGUGGAAGAAGUUGUUGUGCAUGGCGUAGGUACAUUGUUCCAUUGCUACCUUGAAGCUCUUGCGUCGAUUAACCUAGUGUGUGUAGUCUAGGACUUUACUGAUUCCUGGGAAUGCUCACAGUAUGAGGCAAUUUUUCUUACUUCUUCAACUUCUUCAGCCGGUGACGGGAUGGAAACACAGCACCAUGUGGUUUCAAGCUUGAGAGAUCCAACGUUUGCGAAGUCCAAAAAUG